AUGAAAACGAAUAACAAUUUGACAACAAUUACAUGUUUCGAACUUCCUAUGAGUUCUAUUGGAGUGGACUAUUGGUGGUGUCCGAAUGAUUAUGAGUACGGUGUUCUAAAAGAAUAUAUUGAUUCGAUAUAUCAUGGUGAUCCUAGUGGCAAGUCAACAACACCCUUACCGAUGAUAACUGACAAGAAAUGUUCUAACAUGACUGAUCCUAUUUUAAUGAUUGUUCUUGUUGGAAUAUUAUUAUUAAUGGUAAUCAACCUUCAGAUUAUCUAUUUAAUAAACUAUUUCGCGUCUCGUAUCGCAACUGAACAACGACAAAAUCCGUCUUUACAAUAUGAAGAAAUUAUUUAUAACGAAAAUGAUACUCAACCGGAAAAGGAAGAACGAUUUAUGGUUGUAAUGAAUUUAACCGAGGAAAAUCAAACCCGAACUACCCAUGUCUAG